CGUUCGCGCAAUUCCGUCUUGAGAGAGAGAGAGAGAGAGAGAGAGAGAUGGUUUCGCUGAAACUUCAGAAGCGGCUUGCUGCUAGCGUGCUCAAGUGCGGUAGAGGCAAGGUUUGGCUUGAUCCUAAUGAAGUCAAUGAAAUCUCCAUGGCUAAUUCUCGCCAAAACGUUAGGAAGUUGGUUAAGGAUGGCUUCAUUAUCAGGAAGCCAACUAAGAUUCACUCUCGCUCUCGUGCUCGGCGAAUGAAAGAGGCCAAGAGGAAGGGACGCCACUCUGGAUACGGUAAGCGGAAGGGAACAAGAGAGGCAAGACUUCCCACCAAAAUCCUUUGGAUGAGGAGGAUGCGUGUCCUCAGACGUUUGCUUCGCAAGUACAGGGAAUCAAAGAAGAUUGACAAACACAUGUACCAUGAUAUGUACAUGAAGGUAAAGGGUAAUGUCUUCAAGAACAAGCGAGUACUCAUGGAGAGCAUACACAAGUCCAAGGCUGAGAAGGCAAGAGAGAAGACUCUAUCUGACCAGUUUGAAGCCAAGAGGGCAAAGAACAAGGCAAGCAGGGAAAGGAAAUUUGCUCGGAGAGAAGAGCGCUUGGCCCAGGGUCCUGGAGAGAAGCCAUCUGCAGCACCAAGUGUUCCAUCUGCAACAGCGUCCCAGCCAGCCCAAGCACUAAAGAAAACCAAGAAGUAAGUCACGAAUUCAGAGAUUGAAAGGAUGUUGAAUCUUUAAUGUGUUUGGCAUCCUGAGUGACUGGGCUAAUGUAGUUUUGACGAAGUCUUCUGUUUGUUUAGAGCGUGUUAGUUUUAUUCGAAAUUAAAGUUGUCCAUGUACAAUGUACAUUUUGUUUAUUUAUUUUUGCCAUUUUUGUUAUGAAGAUGCACAUGUUUGCGGAAAUACUCGAGUUAUCUUUGUUUCAGUUAUGAAGUUGU